GUCAAGAAGGUCCUCAAGGGUACAAAAUAAAUGUUGUCUUUUGAAAAAGAUCAAGGAAAAAGAUAACAAAUUCAUUUCACGUGUUGUGACAUUUUUAUUUCUCUCUUUCUUUCUUUUCUCUUUUUAUGUUUCGUCAUCCACCAAGUCUAUUGUCAUUCAUUUCUGCUCUUCUGAUAGCCAAUGUAUCAGGCCCACAGUAUGUUUAUCCAAUCUAUGGAAGUUAUCUUUAUAAAAGACUUGCAUGGUCUACCUUUGAAGCAAGUAUCGUCAGUACAGCCUGUUUCAUUGGCGUGUCUUUUUCAGGUCCACUUUGUUCCUGGUUAUUGGAACGCCUUGGUGUCAAAAAGACCCUAAGACUAUCCUCAGCCAUAGUUUUCUUUGGAUUCUUUUUAGUAGCUCAAACAUAUGCAGGCAGAUUACCAAAUCAUUUUCUGCUUGUCACAAUAUACUUUAUUCUUACUGGCUUUGCAGGUGCUGCUUCCUUUCUAUGUGCACUAGAUUGUCAAUCUCGAAACUUUAAGCAGCAUAGAGGCCUUGCUGUCGGAAUGACGACAGCUUCCAUUGGUAUCUCUGGACUUGUCUUUUCACAGAUUAAUGAUACUUUAUUCAAAUCGGAAGAUAUAGCGAUAGACACUACCUUGACAGAAGAUGCCACCUAUCAUUUUCUAAUUUUUCUAGCCAUUUCCAUGUCAUUGGGCAUCUUGACUGGUUCCUUUUUUCUAAAUAGUGUUGAUUACCGACCUGUUGCCGUGUUACCAACCACUGAUCAACCAGAGCUUAAAUCUGGUAUUCAAUUUCUGAUAAAUCCCAUUGGCCUUGCCUUAUUUUGUACACUCUUUGUCACGCUUGGCAUCGGCUAUGUCUAUCUUGCAAACAUUGGCCAAAUCCUUCAAGGAACUCAUCCAGUUGACCUACAGCACGUACGUAAUUCUCAUAUCACUUUGUUUAGCUUGGGUAACUGUGCGUCCAGAGCAUUUUUUGGAGCACUUGGAGACGUGCUUCACCAUAAACUGGGUAUUAGUCGAUUAUGGAUUUUUGUGUUUGCCGUUCUAUCUUUGAUCAUCUCCUUACACCAUCUAUCUGACCUUCCUGAGGAUCUUACUCCAUACACAUUGUUGAUCUCUAUGACUUAUGGCAUUUCCUUUGGUGUGGCACCUGCAAUAAUAACAGAUAUUGGCAACUCACACAAAGCGUUUGCAAGAAACUGGGGGUGGAUGCUGUAUGCACCUGCUUUGGGUAGUCAAUUUUAUAAUAUCUUGUUUAAUUCAUUUGAUAUCUACCAAAUUGGACAAUGGUCAGGCUGGGUCAUCUUGGUUGUCCUAUUGCUGGUAAUCUAUCGACAAAGAACCAUACCUUCCGCUUAGGUCCGGAAUACCUUUUUUUUUCUCACGGGGGUAAUGCACAAUAAAUAUGCAGCUGUUUCUUGACUUUUUUUUUUCUUUUUGUAU